CGGAAGCAAAUCUUUCUCUACUUCAAUGACUUCUGGUGUAGUCGCAGUCUAACGGAGGGGUUGAGCCUUCACUUUUGGUUUUAUUGGAGAGAAGAAGGGACUACACGGACUGUCCAGGUGCCAGAAAGGUGCCCAUCACACUUCAGGAGAAAUGGACGGAGAAGAGAAGACCUAUGGAGGUUGUGAAGGCCCUGAUGCCAUGUAUGUAAAGCUGAUCUCGUCAGAUGGGCAUGAAUUUAUAGUGAAGAGAGAGCAUGCAUUGACAUCUGGAACUAUUAAAGCUAUGCUGAGUGGCCCUGGACAGUUUGCUGAAAAUGAAACCAAUGAAGUUAAUUUCAGGGAGAUCCCCUCUCACGUCCUUUCCAAAGUGUGCAUGUACUUCACCUAUAAGGUCCGUUACACCAACAGCUCCACAGAGAUCCCGGAAUUCCCAAUCGCUCCUGAAAUAGCACUGGAACUGCUGAUGGCUGCAAAUUUCUUGGAUUGUUGAAUGAAUAAAUUAUAUUAAAAAUAUAAACAUCAGUUUUCUUUUUUAGUAUUUAAAAGUUUGGUAAAAUUACAAUGCAAGAGAUAUGGUAGACUGUGAGUGUGAACCAAAAGAAUUAAAAAAGGCUUCUUUUUUUUUUUUUUUAAUUCCAUUCUUUAGAUUACAUCUGCUGCUUUUUACUUUCUUCACAGAUGUGAUGCAUUUUUACAGGCAAUAUUUAAUUGUAACUGGGCGAGAGAAAUGCUUCAUUUUCAUAAUAAAGUGGUCUGGCUGUA